UCUAUUCUGCUCCUCAUAUUUCCUCUCUUCCUCCACCAGCAGCGUUUUCAGUAGAGAAAUUUUUCAUACUCAGAGCUUACCAACACGACUGUGAAGUCCACCCACAGUUCUCAUAAAUCAAGGCAAAGCAACUGUUUUUUCGCUGUUCAAUUGGCCGAGAGAGUGCAGUUUUCAGGAGAAAAACGAAGAUGAAAUUUAGGGCUCCGCAGAGAAUUUUCAUAUUACCUUCUACCAGCCACCUAAAUUGUGUCCGAAACCAUACUCGAAGAAGCUUCACUUCCAUCUUCAGAAGGAUUCAAACUUCCGUACAAGCUCGAGCUUCAAUCGGCGGUGGAAAUGGCAGUUCUCAAGGUAGUGAUUCUUAUUUGGUGCCUGGUGCGACGGUGGCUACCUUGUUGAUGCUCGGUGCUCUUCAUGCUCGUCGGCUCUAUGAUGAUAAGAAGGUUGAAGAGGCACGUGAGAAGGGCAUAGAGCCGGAGUUCAGGUCGGAUAUUAAGGCAACGUUUUUGAGAUUGAUACCACUACGAUUAGUUUCAAGAUGUUGGGGUCAAUUGACUAGUGUGGAACUUCCUAUCUGGCUGCGUCCAUAUGUGUAUAGGGCAUGGGCUCGGGCAUUUCAUUCAAAUUUAGAAGAAGCAGCUCUUCCUUUGGAUGAAUAUGCUUCUUUACGCGAGUUCUUCGUACGCUCCUUAAAGGAUGGUUGCAGGCCCAUUGACCCUGAUUUACAAUGCCUGGUUAGUCCGGUGGAUGGUACAGUUUUAAGAUUUGGGGAACUGAAAGGAGCAGGGGCAAUGAUCGAGCAAGUUAAAGGAUUUUCGUAUUCUGUCGCUUCUCUUCUUGGUGCUAGCUCUUUACUUCCCAUGAUGGCCGCAGGGGACAGGCAUGAAGAGGGUAGUGUACAAGAAAAUAGUUCUGCUGAUAGUACUAAAAAGUCAUGGUGGAAAAUUUCUCUGGCUUACCCUAAAGUUUUGGACCGAGUUUCGACAUGCCCAGUCAAAGGCCUUUUCUACUGUGUAAUAUACUUAAAGCCUGGAGAUUACCAUCGUAUACAUUCACCAGUUGACUGGCAGGUUCUAGUUCGGCGCCAUUUUUCAGGUCAUCUAUUUCCUAUGAAUGAGCGUGCUGUUAGAACAAUCAGAAAUUUAUAUGUUGAGAAUGAAAGGGUUGUGCUCGAAGGUUUAUGGCAGGAAGGAUUUAUGGCCAUUGCUGCAAUUGGGGCAACAAAUAUUGGAUCUAUCGAGGUUUACAUUGAGCCAGAGCUACAGACGAACAAUCCAAAGAAAAAGUCACUCCAUUCAGAGCCUCCAGAGGAAAGGGUAUAUGAACCUGAAGGUGUGGGGAUAAUGCUAAAGAAGGGAGACGAGAUGGCGGCUUUCAACAUGGGAUCAACGGUGGUACUCAUCUUCCAGGCUCCUGUUUCUAAUCUACACAAAAAUGGGGACUCCAAGUCGGAAUUCAAGUUUUCGAUUAAACGUGGAGACCGGGUACAUGCUGGAGAAGCACUGGGAAGGUGGGCAUGAUUCUUACAAGAACUGGCCUUAUUCAAGGAGUUCUUUGCCUGUUUCCCUACUGAUAUACAAUUCUAACGAGAAGUAUAUUACCAUGAGUCAGCUUUGAUUUCUCUUUUUCAACCUUUUUGUAAACAGUCAUUUCUGCAUUCCUUGUGAUAAUAGUUUGCACAUUUUUCAUUCUACGAUGAUGCUGGCUGCAAAUA